AUGCGUUCAACUUUGCUCUUCGCCGCUCUGGCCGUCGGCUCCUGCGCCAAGGUCAUUGAGAAGGAAGUCUAUGUGACCGACUGGACCACCGAAACCGUCACCACCACCGUCACCAGCUGGCCAACCACUACUCCCAACACCGCCAACAAUGUCAAGCAAGACACCGCUGUGGCUGUUGCUGAAACCGCUCCUGCUCCUGUCGAGUCUUCUUCCUCAAGCUCAAGCUCCACUUCCACCACGACUUCCGCUUUGCCCACCGUCGACCUGACCAAGAAGACCACCGCCGAGCCCGCGGCCCCCACUGAUGCGGAGGUCAACCUGGCCGGUGCCACCACCUGGUUCUCCACUACCUACUGGUCUAUCCCCGCCGAGCCCGCGACCACUGAGACCCCGACCUCUCUGUCUACUUCCACCUCCGCCGCUGCCGCUGCUACCCCCACCAACGCCUACCAGGAGACCAUCCUCUACAACCACAACGUCCACCGCAGCAACCACUCCGCCAGCUCCGUGACCUGGUCCGGCUCCCUCGAGUCCAGCGCCCGCACUCUCGCUGAGCGCUGUGUUUACCAGCAUGACACCUCCAUCGCUGGUGGUGGCUACGGUCAGAACAUCGGAUACGGUGUUGGAGAGUCCUCCAUCGGAGAGAUGAUUACCAACCUGAUGUACAACGAUGAGAUGAUGUUCUUCGCCGAACUCUACGGCCAGGCCUCUCCCGACAUGGCCAACUUCGAUGCCUGGGGUCACUUCUCCCAGAUUGUCUGGAAGGGCACUGAGGAAGUUGGCUGUGCUACUGUCGUUUGCCCCUCGCUCGGCAACGCCGGUGGUUCCAACGUUCCCUUCACCGUUUGCAACUACUCCCCCGCCGGUAACUACGACGGCGAGUACGCGGACAACGUCCUGAAACCCCAGGGCGCUACACCCUACACUGCCUAA